AUGUUUCACCCCCUGGCAUGGCACAGGCAUGAUGACCUCAAGGAGAUGCUCGAUAGCAACAAGGAUUCGCUCAAGCUGGAGGCCAUGAAGAGGAUUGUGGCGAUGAUUGCCCGGGGGAAAAACGCCUCCGACCUCUUCCCAGCUGUGGUGAAAAACGUCGCCUGCAAGAACAUUGAGGUGAAGAAGCUGGUUUAUGUCUACCUGGUGCGCUACGCAGAGGAGCAGCAGGAUCUGGCCCUGCUGUCCAUCUCCACCUUCCAGCGAGGACUCAAGGACCCCAACCAGCUGAUCCGCGCCAGUGCCUUGCGGGUCCUCUCCAGCAUCCGCGUGCCCAUCAUUGUACCCAUCAUGAUGUUGGCCAUCAAGGAGGCCGCCUCGGACAUGUCCCCGUACGUGCGCAAGACGGCUGCCCACGCCAUCCCCAAGCUCUACAGCCUCGACUCAGACCAGAAGGACCAGCUCAUCGAAGUGAUCGAGAAGCUGCUGGCAGACAAGACUACGCUGGUGGCUGGCAGCGUGGUGAUGGCGUUCGAGGAGGUCUGUCCAGAGCGCAUCGACCUCAUCCACAAGAACUACCGCAAGCUCUGCAACCUGCUCAUCGACGUGGAGGAGUGGGGGCAGGUGGUCAUCAUCAACAUGCUGACCCGCUAUGCGCGCACCCAGUUCCUCAGCCCCAACCAGAACGAGUCCUUGCUGGAGGAGAGCGCCGAGAAGGCUUUCUAUGGCUCUGAAGAGGAGGACGCCAAGGAUGCCAAGGCAGAGACGACCUCGUUGGCCAAACGCAAGCCCUAUGUCAUGGACCCCGACCACCGCCUGCUCCUGCGCAACACCAAGCCCCUGCUGCAGAGCCGCAACGCCGCGGUGGUGAUGGCCGUGGCACAGCUCUACUUCCACCUGGCACCCAAGGCGGAGGUGGGCGUCAUCGCCAAGGCGCUGGUGCGGCUCUUGCGGAGUCACAGCGAGGUGCAGUAUGUCGUGCUGCAGAACGUGGCCACCAUGUCCAUCAAACGUCGGGGGAUGUUUGAGCCCUACCUGAAGAGCUUUUACAUCCGCUCCACAGAUCCCACUCAGAUCAAGAUCCUCAAGCUGGAGGUUCUCACCAACCUGGCCAACGAGACCAACAUCUCCACCAUCCUGCGGGAGUUCCAGACCUACAUUCGUAGCAUGGACAAGGACUUCGUGGCAGCCACCAUUCAAGCCAUCGGACGCUGUGCCACCAACAUCGGGAAGGUGCGGGACACCUGCCUUAACGGCCUGGUCCAGCUCCUCUCCAACCGUGAUGAGCUGGUGGUGGCCGAAUCUGUGGUGGUCAUCAAAAAGCUGCUGCAGAUGCAGCCGGCCCAGCACAGUGAGAUCAUCAAGCACAUGGCCAAGCUCACCGACAACAUCCAGGUGCCGAUGGCGCGGGCCAGCAUCUUGUGGCUCAUCGGCGAGUACUGUGAGCAUGUGCCCAAGAUUGCGCCCGAUGUGCUCCGCAAGAUGGCCAAGUCCUUCACCAACGAGGAGGACAUCGUCAAGUUGCAGGUCAUCAACCUGGCGGCUAAGCUCUACCUGACCAACUCCAAGCAGAGCAAGCUCCUGACCCAGUAUGUCCUCAACUUGGCCAAGUACGACCAGAACUACGACAUCCGCGAUCGGGCUCGCUUCAUCCGCCAGCUCAUCGUGCCCACCGAGAAGAGCGGGGCCCUCAACAAGUAUGCCAAGAAGCUCUUCUUGGCCCAAAAACCUGCCCCCAUCUUGGAGUCCUCCUUCAAAGAUCGAGACCAUUUCCAGCUGGGCUCUCUGUCCCACCUGCUCAAUGCCAAGGCUGUGGGCUACCAGGAGCUGCCCGAUUGGCCAGAUGAGGCCCCGGACCCCUCUGUGAGGAACGUGGAGGUUCCUGAGUGGACCAAGUGCACCAGCCGGGAGAAGAGGAAGGAGAAGGUGGAGAAACCUUUCUACUCCGACUCAGAGGGCGAGUCGGGGCCCACGGAGUCGGCGGACAGCGAGCCCGAGUCCGGCAGUGAGGAGAGCAGUAGCUCCAGCAGCUCUGGUAGCUCCAGCUCCGGCAGCGAGGAUGAGGAGGAAGAGGAGGAGGAAGGCAGCGGGGAGCAGUCAGAGGACAAGGAGGAGGAGGAGAAGAGGACGAAGAGGAAGGAGAAGGAAGGCUCCCGGAAGGAGGCCCUGGCGAGCGCCGGCAGCCCCAGUGAGGAAGAGGAAGAGGAGGAGGAAGUGAAGAAGGCCAAGAAGAAGGCACCACAGGGGAGGAAGAGCCAUGCUGAGACCUCCUCAGAGGAGGCCAGCGCCUCCGAAGGCAGCUCCUCGGGCUCUGACUCAGGCUCUGAGAUGGAGGUCAAGCAGAGGAAGCCCCCCAGCAGCAGGGCUGGCCCCAAGGAGAUCUCCCUGCUCGACCUAGAUGACU